AUGGCGCCGAGUGCAUCGAGCGCCUCGACGUCGGCCGCGCGCGGCGGCAGUGCCGAUGCCGUCGUCGUGCCGCCGCUGCCGCCGCACACCAAUGUGCGGCGCCUCCCGCCGACUCAGCAGCUGAACGCGCUCCUCACCCUCAUCCGCGACACCCACACGCCGCGCAGCGACUUUAUCUUCUACUCCGACCGCGUGAUCCGCCUCGUCGUCGAGGAGGGCCUCAAUGCGCUGCCCACGCUGCCAAAGACGGUCGUGACGCCGACGGGACGCGAAUACAGCGGGCUCUCGUUUGAGGGCCGCAUCUGCGGCGUGUCGAUCCUGCGCGCGGGCGAGGCCAUGGAGGGCGGCCUGCGCGAGGUGUGUCGCAGCGUGCGCAUCGGCAAGAUCCUGAUCCAACGAGACGAGGAGACCGCCAAGCCGAAGCUCUUCUACGCCAAGCUGCCGUCAGACAUUGCACAGCGCUGGGUCAUGCUUUUGGAUCCGAUGCUCGCAACCGGAGGCUCGGCCAUUCAAGCCAUCGAAGUGCUACUGUCGCACGGCGUGGCGCCGGAGCGCAUCCUCUUCCUGAACCUCAUCGCCUCGCCUGAAGGCCUGCAAAAUCUCUAUGCGAGAUUCCCGCAGGUACAGUGCGUCACUGCGUGGAUUGAUGAGGGGUUGGACGAGAUGAACUACAUCGUGCCGGGCCUAGGAGACUUUGGGAAUCGCUUCUACUCAGGAUGA